CGAAAGGCCUUUCUGUGUAAGGUUUCGUAUGGUGUAUGGAGUGGGAGUAGGAACCUUGUGAAACAGCACAGGUUAAUUAUGGAAAGGAAGAAACCUGUUAAUUCCUGGCCUUUCUGAGCUCUGAUGCCAAAUCGUAAUACAAGGAUGAGAAACUCAGGAUUUCUAGAGAAGGGCAUUGAUGUAAUUAUACCGACAUAAGGGGCAAGCUAUAGCAAUUAGCAAUACGUACUGAUGCCUUUUUGAGGAAUAGAGCAACACAAGAAAGGGGCCUUUUUUUUUUCUUUCAGUUCUCAUUUUCCUCGUCUUUUGAUCAACUUUCUACUGUGAGAAAGAUAAGGGUUUUAGAGAGAGAAACUUAAUUAGCCAUGUCUUUAGGCUAUGCUGAGAAGCUUUCCUUCAUUGAAGAUGUGGGUAAUGUUGGAAUGGCAGAAUUUUUUGAUUCAUCCUACGUUUUGCAGGAAAAAAUUGAACGACUUGCCAAGAUGAUACAAAAGCUUUUUUGUUUGCACUUGCAGAGUAAGCAUCUAGUAGUGUUUACAGGGGCUGGAAUAUCAACUUCUUGUGGCAUACCUGAUUUUCGAGGCCCCAAGGGAAUCUGGACGUUGCAGCGUGAGGGCAAACCUUUACCUGAAGCAUCUCUGCCAUUUCAUCGAGCAAUGCCAAGUAUCACUCAUAUGGCUUUGGUUGAACUUGAGAGGGCUGGUAUUGUAAAGUUCAUCAUUAGUCAGAAUGUUGAUGGCCUCCAUCUUCGGUCUGGAAUUCCAAGAGAGAAACUUGCUGAGUUACAUGGGAACUCCUUCAUGGAAAGUUGCCCUUCAUGUGGAGCUGAGUAUUUUCGGGAUUUUGAGGUGGAAACUAUUGGAUUGAAGGAGACAUCACGCCGCUGCUCUGAUGUGAAAUGUGGAGCAAAACUAAGGGAUACAGUUCUUGACUGGGAGGAUGCAUUGCCCCCAAAAGAGAUGCUUCCAGCUGAGAAGCACUGCAGGAUGGGUGAUCUUGUGUUAUGUUUAGGGACAAGUUUGCAAAUAACUCCUGCAUGCAACCUGCCCCUGAAAUGUCUCCGAGGUGGAGGAAAGAUUGUAAUUGUGAAUCUUCAGAAAACUCCGAAGGACAAGAAAGCUAGUUUGGUGAUCCAUGGGUUUGUAGAUAAGGUUAUUGCAGGAGUCAUGCAUCUCCUUAGUAUGCAGAUUCCUCCAUAUGUCAGGAUUGAUCUUCUUCAGAUCAUUGUAACUCGGUCCCUGAGUGCAGAUAAAAGAUUUGUGAAUUGGACCCUCCGGAUAGCAAGCGUACAUGCACUGAAAGCUACAUUGCCAUUCAUAAAAUCCAUUGAGGUUACCUUCUCAGAUACACAGAAGUAUAAAGCAGCAAUUCUACAUGAGCAACCUUUUAACCUGAAAAGGAGAACUGUGACUACAGAAUCAUUUGAAAUUUUCUUGAAACUCAACUUAAGGGAUGGCUGUGGUUGUCUAUGCACCCAAAUCAAUAUCCCUUUUGGUUUUAAGUUUCUAUAAUAUAUCAGAAAAGAUAUCAGGCAACCCUCUAUUGGUUAGACUGGGAUGAGAAAACCCAUCUCUUUUGUGGAAGGAUGUAACGUUCUACCAGGAAAUGCCAAAUCUUAUAUUAAAUGCUUAUCAAAUUCGUCUUCUCUGUGUUUUCAAAGAAGGUAGAAGAAACUGAUUUAGAUAUAUUUUACUCCUUGAUUUUAGUUACAGUAGAAUGUUAUACGCAAUAAAUUUUUUCUUUUCAUAAUAAAUGGAUUAAUGGAUUAAGAUGUGGCUAGACUCGAUUCACACGAAAAUUUUUCUGCCCUUUUACAUCGUUUGUGAGCAAGUCUUCCUUUUCCCUUUUAGUUUUUCAAUUCUAAAUUGUCAACAAGAUUAUUCUUGUUAUAUCCUAACAUAUGUUAUAUCGUAAAUGUAUCAUGUCUAUAGAUGCUUUGCCGUGUAUGUGCAAGACGAAUGUGAUACAUGGUUUUAGUCUUGUUUUAUUUAUUUAAUUUUUGGUCAAUGUGCUCUAAGUGGAUUGAAAGUGUGACAGCUAUAUGUUCAAAUUAAAUGCUAUGCUUGCAUGCAAAAGGCAUGUAUUUUAUUGGUCUUCAUUUCUCUUUCCUUUUCUUGUUUUCCUGCCGAUGUGAUCCAGUUGAAAAUUUGGCAGCUAUAUAUUUAAAUUCCACGGUGCUCGCCAGUUGCAUAGCUGUUAACAGAAGCCUAAGAAAAUUGCACCCUAUUCUUGUGCAGGUUUUGAAUGACUGUUUUAACCUUAAAAAGGACAGUGUAAUA